AUUUUUAUUAAAGUGUUUUUCUCACCUAUACCAUUCAAAUUAUAAUUUAGCUUGUGCAACAAAUUAGUUCUUCAAAAUUUCUGAAGGAAAUUCUAAUUGGAUUGUAUUAUGUGCAGCCGCAGCUAGUCCAACUGACGAAGAGAGCGCCCAUUCUUCCGGCCUCAACACCUGCCACGCUCACCACUUGUUGAAACUCUCGCGUAUGACUCAAUUGCGCUCAGACCACAAUUGCCAUGCGAUCCAACAUAAAUACUCCAAACUCCUCCUUCUUCGCCUGACUGAGUAUAAGCCGUUACUAAUCAAAUGGAAAGCCAAAGUGCCCGUUUAGCAAACUUCUUGCAGUUUUGCAUAGACAAGAAAGCCCAUCUCGCUGGAAAGCUUAUUCAUGCUUAUAUAUUCCGUAAUGGACUUAUCUUCAACACUUUCCUCUCUAAUCGUCUUAUUGAAUUGUAUUCCAAGUGCAGCAAUAUUGCUUAUGCUCACCACACAUUCGAUAAAAUUCCUAAGAAAGAUGUGUUUUCUUGGAACGCUAUUCUGGGUGCUCAUUGUAAGGCCGGAAAUUUGCAAGAUGCUCAUGAACUGUUUGUAAAAAUGCCCGACAGGAAUAUCGUGUCGUGGAAUAAUGUGAUUAGUGCUUUGGUCCGAAAUGGGUUGGAACGAAAUGCGUUGGACGUUUAUGAUAGCAUGAUUUUGGAAGGAUUUAUGCCUACCCGUUUCACAUUGGCGAGUGUGUUUAGUGCGUGUGGAGCAUUGCUAGAUGUCGAGCGUGGUCAGAGAUGUCAUGGUCUUGUUCUUAAGAUUGGUCUUGAGAAGAAUAAAUAUGUGAGUAAUGCUUUACUGUCUAUGUAUGCUAAGUGUGGGCUUAUUAGUGAUGCAGUUCAAGUUUUUGAUGACAUGUCUGAGCCUAAUGAGGUCACUUUUACAGCUUUGAUGAGUGGGUUAGCACAGACGGAUCGAGUAUUGAAGGCAUUGCAGUUGUUUAGAAUGAUGUUGAGGAAAGGGAUUCACAUAGAUUCUGUCUCGUUGUCGAGUAUCAUGGGUGUAUGUGCCAGAGGAGGAUCUAAAGAAUUUAGUGUUUUUGAUCAGCAUGACGCUUUCUGUUCUAAUAUGAGUGGGAAACAAGUACAUUGUCUUACUAUUAAACUUGGGUUUGAGGAAGAUCUUCAUCUGAAUAAUUCAUUGCUUGAUAUGUACGCGAAGAAUGGAGACAUAAAUGCCACAGAGAAGGUUUUUGCUAAUUUACCACUAGCCAAUGUCGUUUCUUGGAACGUUAUGAUAGCUGGGUAUGGCCAAACAUAUCAGACCAGAAAGGCUCUAGAAUGCGUGCAAAGAAUGUGUCAGCUUGGUUUUGAGCCAGAUGAGGUCACAUAUAUUAAUAUGCUUGCAGCAUGCAUCAAGUCUGGGGACAUAGAAACCGGACGCCAAAUGUUUGAUAGCAUGUCAUUCCCAAGUGUUAGUUCAUGGAAUGCCAUGCUAUCUGGAUACUUCCAAAGUGGAAACCACAAGGACGCAGUGAAGCUUUUCAGAGAAAUGCAGUUUCAAAAUGUGCUGCCAGACCGAACUACUCUAACUAUUGCCCUCAGCUCGUGCGCAGGAAUGGGAUUUCUCGAGGCUGGGAAACAGAUUCAUGCUGCCUCAAUUAAGGCUCAAUUUCAUUCUGAUAUAUACGUGGCAAGUGGACUUAUUGGCACAUAUUCAAAGUGUGGGAAGACAGAGUUAGCAGAGCGCAUAUUCUAUAAAAUGCCUCUGUUGGAUAUUGUAUGUUGGAAUUCAAUAAUAGCAGGGUUUUCCCUUAAUUCUCAAGACAAGGAAGCUUUUGAUCUCUUUAAGAAGAUGCGUCAACAUGGGAUGUUUCCCACUCAAUUUUCUUAUUCUACUGUACUAAGUUGUUGUGCGAAGCUCUCUUCUUCUUUUCAAGGGAAACAGGUUCAUGCUCUGAUAACAAAAGAUGGAUAUACAAAUGAUAUCUUUGUUGGGAGUUCUCUCAUUGAUAUGAACUGCAAAUGUGGUAACAUUGAUGAAGCCCGUCAGUUUUUUAAUACAAUGGCUACUAAAAACACUGUUACUUGGAAUGAGAUGAUACACGGGUACGCACAAAACGGCUGCGGAGAUGAGGCUGUUUCUCUUUACAAGGAAAUGAUUGCAUCAGGUGAGAAACCUGAUGGUAUAACUUUUGUUGCUGUUUUAACUGCUUGUAGCCACUCAGGAUUGACUGAUGUAGGUAUUGAGAUAUUCGACUCAAUGGAGCAGGAACAUGGAGUGGAACCCGUUUUAGAUCAUUAUACCUGCGUUAUUGAUUCUCUUGGACGUGCAGGUCGGUUUGAAGAAGCCGAAGUGCUUAUAGAAAGGAUGCCAUAUAAAGAUGAUCCAGUCAUGUGGGAAGUUUUGCUUAGUUCUUGUAGGCUUUAUGCUAAUGUAACUUUAGCCAAAAGAGCAGCAGAUGAACUUUUAAGCUUAGCCCCACAUGAUGCUACUCCGUAUGUGCUUCUAGGCAAUAUUUAUUCAUCUCUAGGAAGAUGGGAUGAGGCUAGAGGUGUAAGAGAUCUGAUGAAAGAUAAACAGGUUAUGAAGGAUCCUGGUUGCAGCUGGAUUGAAUAUCAGAGUGGAGAUGCUAAUAUUUACGGAGGAUGAUAGCGUUUCGCAGUUGGUAAUGAAGCUGAAGUUAGUAGUCAGAAUCUUAUGAUCAGGAUGAAGUUGUCUGUUGAUGUAUUCAUGGCUCCACUGACUCUGAAGGUUUUCCCUGAUGUUAUCCAUGACACAGCCUGAAAAUUGAUCUCUCCUCUGUGAAAGUCGAUUUUAUUGAGGAUGUCUACUGCCUGGAUGAAUCAGGAAACCGUGUUUAUAGAGACGAAAAACCACUCAUACAUACAGAUGGAACUGGAG